GCAUCAGCCGCCGCAUCCAGUAGUUUUCUUUUGUCAUCGUUUUCACGCGAGAAGUGCGCAAAGAAAGGUGAAAAAGUUUUGUUCUCAAUUCGAAGUGCAGAAAGUGCGUGAUUUGCAGAAAACAAGAAAAAGGCCAUCUCGCAGCAUGGAAGCCCUCCAGAAGCAUCUCGGCCAGAUCAAGGUCCCGUGCGGCAGCGACAACGUCUACAAGGAGGAGUGCGUCUACAGUUUCGACAAUCCGGAAUCUCCGACCGGGCUUUACGUCAGUUUGAGUAGCUUUUUGGGGUUCGGAGAGGAAUACGCGCGUCUUUAUGCGGAGAAAAGUGGCAAUCGGGUGUUUUUGCAUUUGAAGCGGGAAAAGAUAGAAGUGGCGGAACCGGCGCAGGAAGGACCGGAGAAGAAGAUUACGAGGCUUGCGAUUGGAGUGGAGGGAGGAUUCCCAUCGGAACAGAAAAAGUACGAGUUCCGGGAGCAUUAUAAGGUGGUGGUGCUUCCGGAAGGGGUGAGUUUUGCGUACCCGGAUCAGGAUUUGCCUUUGCUGGUGACGAAUUCGGUGGAGGGGGUGUUGAAUGCGGAAGCGGCCUCUGUGAAGCGGGAGCGCGAACAGCUGACUGGAACAUGGGACGGAGAAGUCCGACAGGUUUCCCAGCAUGCGGAGAAUUUGUUGCAGUUGGACAAUGGAAGGAAGAUUCCGCCGACCGGAUGGAAAUGCGAACGCUGUGAUCUGACCAGUAAUCUGUGGUUGAAUUUGACGGAUGGGGCGAUUCUUUGCGGACGGAAGUUUUACGAUGGAACCGGAGGGAAUGACCAUGCGUUGAAUCACUACCGGGAAACGAACUAUCCGUUGGCUGUGAAGCUGGGAACGAUCACCGGUGAGGGCAAAGGAGAUGUCUACAGCUAUCAGGAAGACGACAUGGUGGAAGAUCCCUACCUGGUCAAACACUUGGCCCAUUGGGGAAUCAAUGUGGGUCAGCUGGAGAAGACGGAGAAGUCCAUGGUCGAGUUGGAGCUGGACCUGAACCAGAAGAUUGGAGAAUGGGGCAUUCUCUGCGAAAGUGCCAGCAAUCUGAAGCCAAUUGCCGGCCCAGGACUGACCGGAAUGCGAAACCUUGGAAACUCCUGCUAUCUGAACAGCGUGAUGCAAGUGGUCUUCACCAUUCCGGAUUUCGUUCGGCGAUUCGUGGAUGGAUCGAAGGAGAUCUUCGAAAGCUUCCCAGCUGAUCCGGCCAACGACUUCAACGUCCAAAUGGCGAAGCUCGGAGUCGGCUUGUGCAGUGGCAAAUACAGUGUUCUCACCGAGAACAGCAUGGACACGGUGGACAGUCCUUCCGGAAUUGCCCCGACGAUGUUCAAAUCCUUGAUUGGCAAAGGGCAUCCGGAUUUCUCAACCAAACACCAGCAAGACGCUCAGGAGUUCUUCCUGCACCUGGUCAACACUCUCCAGAAACAUUCUCGAAACCAAGCGGAUCCGGCGGACGCCCUCAAGUUCAGCAUCGAAGACCGCGUCGAAUGUUGCUCCAGCGGAAAGGUCAUGUAUAAUCGCCGCGACGAGUGGUGUCUUCCCCUUCAGAUCCCCCUCAAUCUGGCCACCAACAUCGCCGAGGUCAAGAAGUACGAAGAAGACUUGGCCCUCGCAGAGAAGGAAGGUCGUCGCCUUGACCCAGAAGCUCUUGUCCGUCCAAAGAUCCCUUUGAGCGCCUGUCUGGACACUUUCGCCCAGCCGGAAACCGUGGAGCAGUUCUACAGCACGGCCAUCAACGCAAAAACCACUGCCAAGAAGACCACCAAGUUGGCCACCAUGCCCGACUUCCUCAUGCUGCACCUGAAGAAAUUCACCCUCCGAGAAGACUGGACCUCCGUCAAGCUGGAUGUCGCAAUCGACAUCCCGGAAAUCCUCGAUCUGGAAACCCUCCGCGGAACUGGCAAGCAACCCCACGAAGAAGAGCUCCCCGAACUGGUUGGCCAAGCCCCCUCGCCUCCUCCCAUGGACCCCGCCGUUUUGGAACAGCUCAUGGUGAUGGGAUUCCCUCCGGAGGCAUGCAAGCGAGCCAUCUUCUUCACCAAGAACUCCGGUGCCGAGGCGGCCACGCAGUGGAUCAUGGAACAUAUUGCCGACGCGGACUUUGCUGCGCCCUUCGUUCCCCCAGGAACCGACACCGGAAAAUCCACCUCCGGCGCCGCUUUCGUGGCGGAUCCGAUGGGACUGGAAAUGCUCAUGGGAAUGGGUUUUACCACCCAGCAGGCCACCAAGGCCCUGAAGGAAACGCAGAACAAUACCGAACGCGCCGUCGAUUGGAUCUUUUCCCACACGGAUGAACUGAACAGCAUGGCCAUGGGGGGAGACGGCCAAGAGACUGAAACAGCAGCGGAACCGAGCACCUCGAGCGCAGCGCAGUACCGCGAUGGAACGGGAAAAUACAAACUGGUGGCAUUUAUCUCCCACAUGGGCAGUUCGUCCCAGGUCGGUCACUACGUGUGCCACAUCCUGAAGGACGGCCAGUGGGUGAUCUUCAACGACAACAAGGUGGCCAUAUCGCAGAACCCUCCGAAGGAGCUGGGCUAUCUCUACCUCUACCAGCGAGUCUAGGAGUCCCAAAAGUGAUCGGUAAGGUAUUAAGCCUCUCUUGUUUUUCCUCAUUGAUUAUUUCUCCCCCCGUACCGAUAUAAUGGAGUAGUUUCGAAACAAUUACAUUACAAUAGCUGCAUUAUUGAUCGAUUUACAUUGCCCGUUGUGGGGAUUCUUGUGCUAACUUAUAUACUGUUCUCUAGAAGCACGGCAAGCAGAUAAUAAAAUGAAUCGUACUUUUGUCAAACUGAA